CCACGGACAGUUGCAUUGUGCAUAGUGUGUCUGAAUCAGUUCUCAAGCCAUGAUCACACCCAUUACAAUCACUCUAAUCUUCCUCGUGCUGUCCGUUCACGGAGAAGAUGAGGUGUGCACAGCAGGUGAAAAUUUCGAUAUCUGCAAAAGGUCUGACACCGUGACCCGAGUGACCCGCAAUAACAUGCGUUCCAUCAGCACAGUUCUCCCUUUGGAAACGGCUGGCGAUGUCACUAUCGGCCCAAAGGCCUUCAGUAAGUUGAAUAUAACUGCUCUCCUUAUCAAUCUCCGCACCGAUGGUCUGUACAAUAAAUCGCCUAGCAACUGUUUGUCGCUGCAACCAGACUCGUUCGCUGAGCUGGACAAUUUGGCGUCUCUUUCUAUCAGAAACGCGAACAUUAACUACACUGGAAAUCCAUUGGCUCCACUCGAUUCGCUAGCAUCUUUGAGCUUGUUAAGUUGCGGAAUUAGUGACGUUCCAGUGGAUAUGUUGACGACCUUACCGAAUCUGUUAGAACUAAUUUUGAGAGACAAUCAUCUGCGCGUCGUCCGUCCAAACGCUUUCCUCUCCGUGAAGAAUUUGAAGUACCUUGAUUUGAGUAGAAAUGGAAUCACUAGUCUUGAACCAGGAUGUUUCAGUGGAUUGGCGACGCUGGAAAUAUUGGACCUAUCUUUGAAUUUUGUUACCGCCGGGCCUGCUGUCCUCAGUGGAUUGAGUGGCUUGAAGAAGCUUGAUUUGAUGAACGCUUUCGAUACCAGCGGAUUCCAACCUGUUAUACUCCAGGAUGUGCCAGCUGUCACUCAUCUUCGAUUAGAUUCGAAUAAGAUAACUUCUUUACAAACCACAGCGUUCGAUAAUGUUCCCCUAUUAAGUGGCCUUUCAUUGGGUGGAAACUUCUUGCGGAUCAUUCCCAAAGGGCUUUUUGGACAACUAAAAUCUUUGGAGGAACUCGAUUUGAAAGAGAAUACAAUUGAAAUGAUAGAACCAGGCGCAUUUUCUGGGUUGAAUCUCACCACUUUGGAUCUGUCUCACAACGACAUCCAGAAAAUUGGCACGGGAACCUUUACUGGGCUUGUGGUAAAUAAACUGAUCCUUCAGAAGAACCAAAUUGAAGAGCUGGGGCCGCAGGCCUUCGACGGAUUGACUGCUGAGGAGAUGGAUCUGAGCCAAAAUUCUUUGGAAAAAAUUGACGCUGAAGACUUCUCCGGUCUCAAAAUCGGAACAUUGGAUUUGAGCAGCAAUCGAAUGGAAGACAUCGCUCCGGGAGCAUUCAACAAUACUGAAGUUAGGAAACUUAGGCUGAACAUCAAUCCUAUUGGUACUGAGGGGAGAACUACUUGGGGUCUUUCCGACUCAGUCGAAGUACAAGUGUAAAGUCGUGAGGGUUUUCUUUAGUUAAGUAUAAAGAAUUAAAUUCAUGUUGGCUAGAUCUUCUAGUGUUCUUGCAUUCCGAUCGGUUGGUGCAAUUCACGCAUUGCGCUCUAGUUGAAAAUCAUUCAAACUGAUCCAGUUCAGUAGCAAAGUGGUCAAACGGUUUAAGUCAAUUCAGUCUUUAGUUGAGUUUUACAUAAAUAUUGCCUAAUUUA